CUCCUAAGGACCAAACAUGACUACGAAUAUAGCAGGUAUCAUCUCUGUGGUGUUUUUCUACAUCAUUAUCCUGGUGGUAGGAAUAUGGGCAGGCAAGAAAAAGAAAACUCCGGGCAGCGAGCUGGAGGAAAGCGAAGAAGUGAUGCUAGCGGGUCGGAAUAUAGGCAUGUUCGUCGGCAUAUUCACUAUGACAGCUACGUGGGUUGGAGGAGGUUAUAUAAACGGUACGGCAGAAGCAAUCUACAGUAAUGGAAUAGUCUGGUGCCAAGCACCUUUUGGAUAUGCUCUCUCAUUGGUAAUUGGUGGUCUGUUCUUCGCGAAUAAAAUGAGAGAGGAAGGGUACGUAACGAUGCUGGACCCUUUCCAGGAUCUUUUCGGGAGCAGAAUGGGAGGUCUACUUUUCAUACCAGCCCUCUGCGGAGAGGUGUUCUGGUCAGCAGCUAUUCUGGCUGCUUUAGGAGCAACUGUAAGUGUCAUCAUUGAUUUGGACAAUAACACCUCCAUUAUUGCCUCAGCCUGCAUUGCCCUCUUCUAUACUCUCUUUGGAGGACUCUACUCUGUUGCCUAUACUGACGUAAUACAACUGUUCUGUAUAUUUAUAGGACUGUGGCUGUGCAUCCCGUUUAGCCUGACAAACUCUGCAGUAGGCAGCCUGGCACUGAAAGACACAGACUGGGUUGGCUCUCUGGAACCCUCCUCCAUUGGACAGUACCUCGACUAUGGGUUACUGUUAGUACUUGGUGGAAUACCGUGGCAGGUAUAUUUCCAACGGGUUUUAUCCUCUAAGAGUGCCUUUCGUGCUCAGCUUUUGUCGUACGUGGCGGCAGCCGGUUGUAUCAUCAUGGCCAUUCCUCCAAUGAUUAUCGGUGCAGUCGCAAAAGCCACAGCCUGGAAUGAAACAGCCUUUACUGGUCCGCUACCACUGGACGCAGAGCACACAUCUUUAGUAUUACCCAUGGUUCUCCAGUAUCUUACCCCUGCCGCUGUCUCAUUUGUUGGUCUGGGAGCAGUGUCUGCAGCUGUCAUGUCUUCAUCUGAUUCUUCUAUUCUGUCAGCGGCUUCCAUGUUUGCCCGAAACAUCUAUAAACUCAUCAUCAGACAGAAUGCCUCGGAAAGGGAAAUAAUUUGGGUGAUGCGUGCGGCCAUCAUCUUUGUUGGUAUCCUAGCGACAGCCAUGGCAUUGACCGUCAAAUCCAUUUACGGGCUGUGGUAUUUGUCAUCCGAUUUGGUUUACGUGAUGCUCUUUCCCCAGCUAGUUUGCGUCGUCUACUUCAAGAAAUUCUGCAACACUUAUGGGUCCGUAACUGCUUAUGUUGUGGGCUUUCUCUUGCGAGCCUUAGGAGGCGAAGAAAUUGUGGGUCUCCCGGCCGUCAUCAAGUACCCUUUCUACAAUGAAGAGAAUGCCGAGCAGCUCUUUCCUUUCAGAACCCUAUCGAUGUUAUUGAGCCUGACGACGUUGUUGUUGGUGUCCAUCAUAAGCAAGCGCCUCUUCGAGAGUGGACGCAUCCCACCGCAACUGGACAUCUUCCACUGUGUCGUUAAUAUCCCCGAAGACAUCCUCAAGGUUCAAGAACCCCAGGAAGGUGAGAUGAGCGUUCUCAAUGCCCAUUUGACAAAAACAUAUCAAUCAGAAAUGAAUGGAAGAGUCAAUCCGGCACUGACCCUCAGUAGCGAUGAGGCCGAAUCCGAUUCUCCACUGUCGUCACUGACGAAGCAGCCACCCCCUCCCUACUUUGCCACCAACCCUAUCCAAAAUACGACGGGUUUCUGAAAGCGUGGUCCAUGGUCCAAUAUCUCCCCGUUGGAGUAAAAUCCCUUACAAUUUCAGUGUUCUUGGCAGUACUGAGUAUAGUUCUUGUUUUUGUACUAUUCAUGUAGUACACCAAAUAUGCUGUAGGCACAGUUUUGAUGUUAGAUUCGUUUACUGCGCAUAAGGAAAUAAUUUAGAAUGGCAUUUAGCGAUGCUAAACCGUCAUUUAUAUUUUUUUAUGUUUAUAUCAAAUUUGAGAUUUAAAGUUCUAUAUAAAAGCCCACACAGUUAAUCCAGAAAAUGUAACAAAUGUUUUUAUAGUAGUAUAAUGCUUAGUUAUACUCUUCUAACUUCAAGGAUAAGUUUAGGUUUCUCUGAAUCCGAUUUGCUAAUUGAAUGUCUAUAUCUGAUAUGAAAAAAUUUGUUUAGUGAACCUUAUACAUGUCCUUAUGUUUCAUAUCUAAAAAGGGGAUAAAAUUUGAGUAACUUAUUACUUUUCCUUUCUAAAUUAAUAACAUUGUAAAAGCAUAUUUGCAACGCAUUUCAAGGAAGGUUUAUUAUUAUUCGAAAAAUAAAACUAUUCGAAAUUUAAUGUUCAAAGAACAUUAUAAUUACACGUAUUAUUUAUCAGCAGCAAUUAAUUCUGAAAUUAUUAACGAUUAUCAUACGAAUUGGCUAUAGAACGAAAUGAUAUAUAUUUCCAAAAGACAUGACUGAUAAAAGUAUACAAAACAUUUCUAAAAUACAUUUCAAGAACUAUAUUCUUUUCAGAAAGUAAUACAUUAUGUAAAGCUGCACGAUAAAUCAUCAACUGAGAGGUGUUUUGGAAAUUUUUUCAGAAGGUUGCAUAUGAGAUUAAUUAUUUUAAUUCAUAAAAACGUAUUUCAGGUCUCUCGCAUUUUAUUCAAAAAUCUAUUGCGUUAACUCUUACUUAUAUACCGGUUACCUUAUAUUGUUUGCUAAUGAUUGUAGAAUUUCUAGUCUUUCUAGUCUAGUAGUCAUAUGUUAUGGACGUUCUUAUAUAGCUUAUUAUAUGCUAUGGUGCAAUUACAGUUAUUUAACACUAAUUUAAUGAAUACAGACACUUUUCGCAGCUUAAUUUUAGGAACAAAUGUUUCGUUAUUUAUGAAGCCAAAGUAAAACAUUUAUUUUCUCAAGGUCAUUUGACCGGACAUCAGUGCCAAUAUUAUUAACAGAUACAACUCUCAUGUAUCAAUCAGAAUAAAACAUAUUGUGGUAAGAAAAUAUUUUAUUCUUUUAUACAUGCAGCAUUUUUAUGUCGAGAGUCUUAGAUUAUUCUAAUACGUUCUGCCAAGAGCACUGCAAAUUGUACUUUGAGAUUGGCUUUUAUGUUUUUAGUGUCAUUUACCCUUGAUACUAGAGCUUUAAUGGCAGUUGAAGCAGUUGGAAAGUAUGAAUAUACAUAUCACCUUAGUAUACUGUUUGUUAAUUAGAGAAAUUAUUUGUUACGAUCUAACAUAAGCAUGUUGAUGUUGAAGGAUACCAUUAUUUGUUAUGAAAUGUGGUAAAAUUAGCCCUCGUGUAAUAUCUCCAUUGUCGCAAUUGUUUACAUUUCAUUUUACGUAGAGUAUGCUGAUAAUAUUUAUUGCAAUUUCUAUUAUGUAACCUUUUUAUUGCCUCACAGGUGUUAUACAAUUUACAAACAUAUCAUGGUGGAAUAAAUGCCGCUAGUCCAUAGUGAAGAGAAAUUCAAAUGUCUUAAAUUUGUACAUUUUACUAAUAUGUUUGUAUAUUCUUGUAAAGGUGAAUAAUUGAAAGACAUUUAGGACAGAAUUUUAACUUAUUUUUAAAAUAUUCGGUCUGUGCUCUGACCUUAAAAUAUCAGAUUUUUGAUUAAAGUACUAAAUUAUGAAAUUGCAGUUUUAAUAUAAGCUGUAAGCAAAUAACAUUAUUUAAAGCUAAUGAUUACGUAUGUAAAUCUAAUGACAUGAUUUUAUUUUGAACCUAUUCAUAUAUUUUUGUAAGCAGAAAUUUUCAAGCUAUAUUCUCAUAGCACGGAAUUUAAUAAACACUAACAAUAGCUAGGCUGUUACAUAGAAUUUAAAAAAUAGUAUGAAUAGGAAAAGAAUUAAUUUUUAUGAAUUUUACAAAAUGUGCAAUACUGUUGCGUGAAUUUUUAUAUGAGUUGCAAGGAAUCUUUAAUUGAAAAUAAUAGGUUUGGGUGAGUUUGGUUCCUAAUCAAUCAUAUUAUGAAUUAACAAUAAAGACGUAAAAUUCUUUAAUACUUUCAACGCUGUUUAUCACGUAAUUGUUCAUUUCAAACUGAUUUUCACGUAAUUUGCAGUUGAAACUUCAAUAAACUAUAUUAUACAAUUACUUAAUAUAGAAUGUGUUUCACAAACAUUUAUCAUGGCUUCUUUUUAUUUCGUGGUGCUAAAUUCAUAAUUUUUUUUUGCAAUUUUUUUCCAAACAGCGUAAAAAAUUUGAAGAUAACAGACUUAUGCUUGUAGUUAUUUUCUUAAUACCAGGAAAUUUAAAUUUUAUGUGACAACUUUCGAAUAAAAUAUUUACUUAAAAAAUUGUUUGAUAUCUUAAGUACAAAUAUAAGUUCGAUAGUAAUAUAUAAUUAGUUAAAUAUUAAUAUCUGUUUAAACAAAGAAAAAAAAUAGUAUGAUUCUAUAACCUUUCUCAGUUCUUUGCAAAAGAAAUUUGGAUGGGAUUGUGAACGGUAUGAAAGCAAAAGCAUUUAUUGAAUUCACUCCUAACGGAAUGUAAAAUUUUGGUUUAAAAAGUGCAGUACCGUUACAGAAAAUUUGAAUAGCAUUUUUAAAAUGUAUAUAAAAUAAAUAGUCUAAUGAAAUUUGAAAAUUGCUGUAUGUCUGUGAGUUUUUUAAUCGUCUCCCAGUUUUUCAGAAAAUGUAUAUCAGUUUUGAAGCUUUAAUUUUUAUUCGAUACACUCUAUACAUAUUUAUCAAAUCAGUUGAGUUUUUUCAUAAUAGUCUGAUUCUUUACAAUUUAUUUUUACUUAUUUUCUUAUACUCCAUUUCUCGUCACAUAGCACCAGCAGUUCAAAAGAUAAAGCCAUGAUCAGUUUUUCUGAAACACUUUGAUUCAUCUUAUGCGUGGGUUUUACACUAUAAAAUCCUAAAUUAAUGGAGUAAAAUUUAUACUUAUUUUUAUAACGUUUCUAAUUUCUGUACUGGCACGCAAAAGUCUUGGUUUUGGUCCAAAAUUCCACAAAGCUCCAAAAUUUCUUCCCUGCUGGCUUUCGAACAAAAUUUUAGGAUUUAGAAUUUGAAUAACUUAGUUCAAACAUAUACAUAUUUCAAAUAUUUAUAUAUAUAUUCAGAUUUAUAAUUUAUAAGAAAUGCAUCAAAUAUGUAAUAUUGUAACUUCAGAUUUAUAAGCAUUUACGAGUGCGAGGAGGUAUGUACUAAAAUACAGUAUUUGCAUAAAAUAUUUCAUAAUUAAGUUUUAUGAUUAAGAAAUGAAUUAAGUUAAGCAAAGAAUAGAGAAAUAAUUUUUGUUGAAUAUCUUAAACGGCAGCAUAUCAUUCAAUGUAAACAAAAACAUUGAAAUAUGCAGAUGUGAAACGUAACUGAAAAACAUUAUAGAAAAAAUACUUCUUUAAAAGAUAAAAUCGAUAUAGAUUCAUAGAUUAAUUAGCGAAAUUCAUAGAUUAAUAUUAAGCGUAAAAAGACGAUUCCUAACUGUCAUACAAAAUAUAGUUUAAAAUUCAAAUAUGUUAAUAAUUAAUAAGCUAAUAAAAUAUAAAUAAAAUGUGAGAUAUGCAUUGUAUGAAUGUAUACCUCGUAUUUUGAUUUGAUAAAUAAAACUUUUGUGUGCAUUACAUUAUUUUGAACUUUAAAAUAGAAUUAAAAACAUGAGGAGAAAAAAAAAUAGGUUUUGAAAUUACAUAUACAAAAGAAAAAUAACCUUUUUUAAAUAUAUUUUCCUUAUAUAAUGCAAAUGUAUCACCUGCAACUAUAUUUGCUAGCUCUGUUAGCAAAUAUGGUUGUUAGCAAAACCUCCUUCUUCAUUGUAUGUUUUCUAUCUUUUAUGAUAUCUCUUUGUUCAUACCUACAUAUAUGCAACAGAAAUUAAGUAAAUUGAUAAAUUAAUGAUAGCAUCUAAAUAAGUGCUUAUAAAGUAAGAAGCUGGAAUUAUUCAAAGAAGCAAUGUGGAUUUUGAAAUGGGUGUAGUUUAUUUAUAUUUACAUUUAAGUUUUCUAAAACUGUGAAAAUAUACAGAAAUAAAAGUUAAGAAUGAGUAUAACUCAUAAGAAAGUUUAUUUACGUUUAAACAUGUGUAUUUGACACUAAAAUUACUUUUUAUUAGUUUAUAUGUUUUUAAUAUAGUUUUUAAUCGUAAUAUUAUAAACCAAUCUUAUAUAAAGAGAAGCACUGAAAUUUGUAGUAUGAUAAGUUAUUGUGGAAAAAUCCGUUACUUGAUGGAGAGUAAUUUUAAACUGACGUUCAGUGCAUGUAUUUAACAUUGGACUGAAUUAUUAAGUAUUAACGGGAAAUUUCUAUUGCAUAUACUGGUGAAGAUUUUUCUAUUUUGACCUUUUUAAAUUUGUAUACCUACAAAUAAUAUUUAAUGAAACAUUUUUCCUUUUAAAGCAAAGCUCAGCCCUUUUUGUGCAAUGAACUUAGAAUAUCGUAGGCUUUUAACAAAAACUACACAUAUCAGCUACCAUGCGGAAAGCCUGUUAGUAAUUAAUUCUUUCCACUAUCUAAAUUUCUUAAUUUAGAUUUAUUAACUAAAUUAGUUAAAAUUAUUUAUUAAUU